AUGGGGAAAGGCGGGGAGAAAGGCGAGGAGGCAGGGGAGCGCGAGGCGCAGAGCCGGCUCUACAGCUGGGAGGAGAUCCAGCGGCACAACCUGCGGACGGACAAGUGGCUGGUGAUCGAGCGGAAGGUUUACAACAUCACCACGUGGGCAGCCAGGCACCCGGGCGGCCCCCGGGUGAUCAGCCACUACGCCGGCGAAGAUGCCACGGAUGCUUUCUGGGCCUUUCACCUCGACCCCAGCUUUGUGCAAAAGUUUCUCAAGCCAUUACUGAUUGGAGAGCUUGCCCCAGGGGAACCUAGCCAGGACCGAGGCAAAAACCCCCAGCUGGUGGAUGAUUUCCGGGCCCUGAGAAAGACAGCAGAGGAUAUGAAUUUGUUCAAAGCAGAUCCCUUAUUUUUCUCCCUUUACCUGGGUCACAUCAUCAUGAUGGAAGCUUUGGCUUGGUUACUAGUUUCAUACUACGGCACUGGCUGGAUCACAACCUUUAUCCUUUCCUGCAUCCUUGCAACCUCCCAGGCCCAGGCUGGGUGGCUACAGCAUGACUUUGGACACCUCUCUGUCUUUAAGAAGUCUAAAUGGAACCAUAUCGUCCACAAGUUUGUCAUCGGGCACCUGAAGGGUGCCUCAGCAAACUGGUGGAAUCAUCGUCACUUCCAACAUCAUGCCAAGCCCAACAUCUUCAAGAAGGACCCAGAUGUGAACAUGCUGCAUAUUUUUGUCCUGGGAGAUUCUCAGCCCGUUGAGUAUGGCAAGAAGAAGUUGAAAUACCUACCUUACAACCACCAGCAUGAGUACUUCUUCCUAGUUUUCCCACCUCUCCUCAUCCCCGUGUACUUCCAAAUGCAAAUCAUCAUGACCAUGAUCAGACGCAGGUUCUGGGCGGACCUGGCCUGGGCCUUCAGUUAUUACAUGCGCUAUUUCAUCAUGUACAUCCCUUUCUAUGGAGUUCUGGGAUCCCUGUUUCUCCUCACCUUUGUCAGGUUUCUGGAGAGUCACUGGUUUGUGUGGGUCACACAGAUGAACCAUAUUCCAAUGGAAAUUGACUGUGAGAAGCACAGAGACUGGCUCAGCGCUCAGUUGGCAGCUACCUGUAAUAUCGAGCAGUCCUUUUUCAAUGACUGGUUCACCGGGCACCUGAACUUCCAAAUCGAGCACCACCUGUUUCCCAUGAUGCCACGACACAAUUACUGCAAGAUUGCCCCACUGGUGAAGUCAUUGUGCACCAAGUACGGAGUCCACUAUGAAGAGAAAUCUCUCGGCAAGGCAUUCAUAGACAUUGUUGGGUCCCUAAAGAAAUCUGGACAUCUCUGGUUGGAUGCCUACCUCCAUAAAUGA